UUUAUCACAGCACACACUGCUGCACAUUGCCACACACAUUGUGUUACACUGCAUGCACGCAGCUUCACCUUCACCUCUCACAGAAAAUUACUAAAAAACUCAAGAUGGGGAAAAUUAACGGAUGCCUCAAAUGCCUCUUUAUCUUCUUCAAUGUGCUGUAUGCAAUAAUCGGAUGUGUGCUGAUCUACGGAGCGGUGAAGUUGAGCAUCUUCAGCUCCCAGAUGGCGGCAGUUGGGAGCCCCGGCCUGGGUUGGAUUUGGGUGUUUGCCAUCGGCGUCCUUGGCAUUUCCUCCCUGGGAAUCUUUGCUGCAUGCUCCGAGAAAGAACUUGCCCUCAAAAUAUUUGCAGGCUUUAUGGUGCUUGGAAUGAUCAUCAUGAUGAUCGUUGGCAUCAUUAUCGUUGUCGCAAGAAACAAGGUCAGAGAUAACAUUGACCAGAUCUUCAAUGAGGUGGUAAAGCCCGUCAUGGAAGAUGAGGGAGCGAGAGCGUUGCUUGAGGCGAUACAACAAAGUGGUCAGUGCUGUGGAGUUGUGGAUGCCUCCGACUGGGGUGAUAAGAUCCCAGACUCGUGUCAUUGCUCGGCAGGAGGAGCAUAUGGAGGAUAUGGAGCAUCUGUGUGCAAAGCAAGACCUCAGGGACUCCAAGGACCAGACCGAAUCUACAGCAAGACAUGCGGUGAAACCAUCUUUGGGUGGAUCAACCUCUUCUUCCAGAUCUGGAUGGCCGUCUUCUUUGGAUUUGCUGUCACUGCACUGAUGGGCCUACUGAUCUCCAUCCUGAUGAUCCAUCAGGUCAGACGUCACAACAGCGCCGGAGGAGCGUCCAUUGCCAUGAAGAGCUACUAAAAGAAACCCUCCAACCCCUCGGACCCCUCACCUUUAACCUCUGCACUGUAACAGGAGGAAUCAUUGGUCAAUACAUGACCUCUUCUUCUUUGCUUUUUUUUUUUAAAUGUAAAUUUUGGCUUCUAAGAGAGCGACUGCAGGGUAUGUCGGAGACAGGGAGAUGAAGCAGGCAUUUCAUUUGGGAGAAAAAGUGAAGAGCUUUUUGCUUCCAGCUUUCCAUUAUAGAGAAUAUUGCUUGAAUUGCAAACAUUUAUUUUUUUGUAAAUCAUUAUAUCUCGUUUGUGUUAUAAGAUGGUGUGCAGUAUUAUAGUAGACCUAUAUAACAGAGACAUAUUAUAGAAAAAAAACACUCUUCGCUCGCUCAACCUUCACCACAUCUGACAACAGCUUAUUAACCUGAGGAGGUCAUAAAAAGCAACAGUUUAAUCAACACAUUCUCAUCCCAACUCGUCACAUACCGCCCCUUGGCGUCACGCCUCUGCUGCUCCCAGCUUUCAAACCGGAACCAACAUGGUCCCUCGUUUGGAAACUUUCUUCUCUUUAUUUUAGAUCAACGAUUAGUUUAAAUGUUUCAAGGGAGUUUCCAGAGGCGGCGAGUCUGCCUGGACCUCAUCUUUAUGCAAAUGAGGAGCGGUGUGACGCCCUGUCUCUUGAAACGCAACACUACGCUACCAGAAUGCUGCUGCUGACAUAGACAGUAAUGGGAAACGUGGCUGUGGACACGUACCAAUAGGGUGGCAUAUUUACACGGAUACAUUGGACUGAGUACAGACGACAUAGCGUACAAUGACGUCAAAAGCAAGAAAGGCGUUCGUAUUGCACGCUAAAUGCCUCUCGCAUUAUCAUUGCAUUCAUACGCCUUUUUGUGCAAACAGGCUGCCAUAUAGUCCAGUCUUUGUUUAGCCUAGUUUAGCAUAAAGACUCAGAUUAGGGGGUAACUCCUAGCUUAGCUUUUAAACUCAUGUUGCAUAAAUUUCCAGUGUUACUAUUCCUUUAAUCCAAUCAGAAUCUGCACUCAUAAUAACAUUUUAUUUUUUAAGGAAUUACCAAAGAAACUAAAUUUCCGAGCCUCCUCGGGUUAAAAAGAUCGGGUCAGAAGAAAAACUUAAGCUGUCAUCUGUCUGUGUGUUUGUAUAAAAAAAAGAGUAAGCCAAUGAACUUCUGCCAUGAAGCUGAAGACAUUUUUCCACAUGGCUAAAUCCUGACAUUUUCAAAAUCAGUAAAAUAGUAAUGUUGGGAAAAUGGAAAUCCCAGCAACACUUGCACUACCGAGAACAAAAAUUAAAGCAUACGCUUCGUAGAAAACCAUGUCUCAGUACAAUAUAUUUGUUCAUGGAGAAGCCAAUAUUAAGAGAAGAUUAUAUAAAUCAUACACAAUUAUGGAUGUGAAAAACCAAACAUGUCAGGGUGAACACCCCACCACCAUUAUAAAAAGGGAUAAUGAUUUUAAAUAAAAGACAACUGCUGUGACAGGAACUGUUUUAUUGUGAAAUCUGCACUCAUAUCAUUACAGAAUAAAAUCUAAAAACUGAAUAUACA